CUUUCAACGCGGCAGGUGCUUUCUUUUUUUCCCGCACUCUGUCUGGAACACCAAGGACUGAGGAUACAUCCUUUUUCUUUUCAACCUUCAACAUGUGGAUUCUCUUCUAGUGGCUCACAUCUAGCCUUCUACAGAGGGGGAACUAGGGCUAUUGGAAACAGCCUAAUAUUCCAACCCAGAAUACCUGGUUUACACCCACGAUUUCCGUACAGGGCGUGCUAUGUGGUACCAUCCAGGGCUUCUGUUGUUCCAAGCCGUAACCUUCAGUCUCGCUGGUUCUCUCUGGAGACAGUCUACAGACCCGCAAGAUCAAGUGUUCCUGGAUGGGUCUGCUGCCCACAAAUUCCUGAGCCGUAAACUCCUUUAUAAUCACUGGGAUUUCGAGCUGGUUGUCCCAGGUAACCUGGAGCGCGAAUGCGUAGAGGAAGUCUGCAACUUUGAGGAGGCCCGAGAAGUCUUUGAGGACGACUUAAAAACAAGAGAAUUCUGGGAGUCCUACCCACACAAUGGGAGAGGAGGAGCAAGACAGCCAGGUGUGGACGUGGCUGGCUUGGUGGCAGGUCUUAUAGCAGCGCUGGUAUCCAUAGUCAUGUUUGGGAUUGUGGCUAUGUAUUGUUUCAAAUACCGAGCGAAGCAGAGGAGCCAAUCCAGGAUUGAGGAGCACCUCUACCCAGAGAUACCUCUAGCCUGUUAUAGUGAGGUGCCAAAGCCAGAGACUGCACCUGGACUUCCAUCUUACGAGCAAGCGUUGGCAUUUUCAGGUGUGCACGAUGCACCUCCCCCACCUUACAACAGGAGUAGCACCAAUGCAACCCCACCCACCUGAGUUGUCCACAGCAGGAUCAACAUUCCCGGAAGAGAUAUCCCUCCCCCCGCCCCCCAAUAUUUGCACAGAAGACAUUGCACUUCCAUAUGGAACAUAGCUGGGGGGGACUUAUGUGAACAUGUGGCAUUGUUGUGAGUGACUGAGCAUGUAUGUUGGGAAUGCAUGGAAGGUAUGAAGAAAAUUAUCUAAUAAGAUUUUAUACAAUGGGGAAAACCUGUCUGGGAGGGCUCGUGCUAGACAGCAAACAACGGCUGACAAAGCGGUGCGCAUACUAUAUUAAGCAAGACGUUACAGAGAAGAAAAUCUGAAAUUGCAAAGAUUAUUGGUACGUCUAACGGCUGUAAAACCUGCAAGAAAACGAAUCAUCGGAAUUACAGCUACAAAAUCCGAAAUGUGCAGGGAACAUCCUUUCCUACUGCUUAUUUUGUGAAUAAGGCUGUUUGCAUCUGCAUUUUUCUAUAAUGUCUUUGGUGUGCAAGAAUCACUCCAUGUGGGGUGGGGAGUGUACAGGAUAGACAACCUUGCUCAUGGCUGGUAAAAUAACUUUCCAGGAUUCUGGAGUUUGGAGCAAGAAUCUCAUCCCCUGUGACUGGGAUCUAAUCAAGUAUACUAUGACAGGCUAUCUGUACUCCAAGAUCUUCAGGCGCAGAAGGAACUAGGACAUGUAACUUGACUGCUGUCUGCAAGCCCAGAAGGAGAAGAGGUCAGCAACCAGCGCCCCCACCCCCACCCCGGUUCAUCAUGCCUGGCUCCGAUACCAGUGAAAAGCACCUCUCUUCCAGCUACAUAUUGCUCAGAGUGGGGCCGAAGGAAGAAAAGGCACAGCCACGCAUUCUUUUAUCAUCCCUGCACCAAGACCUCACUAAUACUGAUAUUGGAACUGAUAUCCAAAGUGGUUUGCAGCAAUUAAAUGGAUGGGACACUGAUUUCUGGUCAGCAUUUUGGGGGGUCUGAAAAGUGGAGUAAAAUUGCAGUGAUGUAAUAAAGGCUCCUGAAAUUGACAGACAA